AUGGAGAGAGAGGAGAGGAAGCGGCAGUGGGGAAGGCAGGAACUCUUCCCAAGUCUACAGUACCUGCCCGGGAAUAAGGCGCGCUUUAGGCGCCUGCAGAGCCGGCAAGGAACACCGCGACACUGCCGGGUUGCAGAACAUCGAGGGUUGGGCGGAAGAAUAUUCUCCAAACACUUCACAAGCUCCAGGAGCUCGUGUGAAGUCUUGCCCCCCGCCCGCAAACUGCUUGCGCAGUCCAGCACAGCCCCUUCCUCCAAUCAUACACUUCGUACAAGUUGGAAGCGGUCAGUUAAACGAGUCACCGUUCGCCGAACAAACGUGCCCACCACCGGCACCACUCACACGCACCCGCCCUAUUUUUUUACACACCCUGGACGCGAGCGCGCCCCAAAAGAGUCCCACCGACCCCCACUAGAGGUGCGCAAGCUCCAGCCUCGGCGCCAGAAGAGGUCCCGGCGUCAGAAGAGCAGACCCCGAGGUAGUUGCCACGGCCCCAGCGCGGAGUCUGCUGAAGCGCAAGCCUUCAUCGACAGCAAUCAAGGCAUGGCGUGUAGCCACCGUGACACCGGCUACCGCAGCCUGGGGGUCGACGAGUACGAGGAAGAACUGCAUAAUGCGGAGCCUACCUUGACCUCGGAGACUGUAACCGGAGAGGAGGAGGCUACGCUGUCCGAACCUGAGCCCGGAGAAGCAGCAGCAGCAGACUACUUUGAUGCGGUCGGUCCCAACUUCUUGGAUGAAAACCGUGUGGGCGGCGGCGGUCUUGAGCCCCCGCAGCAGCAGGAGGAGCUGGCCGCCCUGGCCGCUGAGGGGCCACAGAUGGUACCGAGAAGCCUGCGCCGCAACCGUACGGUGUUCACCGUCUUGCAGCUGCGGGAGCUGGAGAGAACUUUCCAGCGCAAUCGUUACCCCGACGUGUUCGCGCGAGAGGUGAUUGCAAGACGCUUGAAUUUGCCUGAAGCCAUAGUGCAGGUUUGGUUUCAGAACAGAAGGGCCAAGUGGAGAAGACAACAGAGGGCACUGAUGUUCAGAAAUCUGAUCCCCAUUGCCUUGCGCCCCCAUGUGGGGAUAAUCUUGAAUGGGCCCUAUCAGGCAAUCCCUGUUAUAAGGCCUACAUGGAGAUGUGUUCCUGCAGUGCCACUUGCACCACCUGUACUACCCGGACCACCACCUCUGCCACCCAGGCUGCCACACGGGCCACCACCUCUGCCACCCGGGCCACCACCUCUGCCACCCGGGCCACCAUUUCUGCCACCCGGGAUGCCACCCAUGCCACCCGGGAUGCCACCCAUGCCACCUGGGAUGCCUUUGCCACCCCUACCACCUGUGCCUCCCUUUGCUGUGGCCCCUGUAGGUAUUGCAUGGGGCCCUGUCAUCAAUGGUCAUUUCGCAGGUCCCAUUUUCUGAAUAUGGUAUUCAUGAUAGUUAUUCCAUUGUAUUGUUCUGCCAGAUAGAAGUUGUUCACAGCACAUCAAAAGUAAUUCAUCAAAAUCCUGUUAGAUGAAUAAUUGGACAAAAUC